CGAUCGGGCUGGUAUUCCAGUCGGGUCCCGGUUGGGUGGAUUGGGUCAAUCCAUUGGCGGCCCGCAACACCCAAGCUGCUGCAUUCACCGCGGUGCAGCAUGUACUGUUGUUCUCUGUGUAGCUCUCUCCUUCCUUUCACCUUCACGGUUGGUUGGGGUUCCUUUUCCUUCUGCAACCUUCUCUCUUCUCCGCCCGGGAAGCAUCACCGCCGAGAGACCAAUAAUGGUUUGCGCGAAGUGCGAGAAGAAGCUGUCGAAGGUGAUCGUGCCCGACAAGUGGAAGGAGGGCGCCAGCAAUACGACUGAAAGCGGCGGCCGCAAGAUUAACGAGAACAAACUCCUGUCCAAGAAGCACAGAUGGACCCCUUAUGGAAAUGCCAAGUGCGUCAUUUGCAAACAGCAAGUACAUCAAGAUGCCAAAUACUGCCAUACCUGUGCUUAUUCUAAAGGGGUCUGUGCUAUGUGUGGAAAGCAAGUGCUGGAUACAAAGUUUUACAAGCAAAGCAAUGUGUGAAGCUGGUGGCAAAUACUACUGUUGUGAGGCUCUCUGAAUUUGACAUCACAAUAUGCACUUCAAAUUACUUAUGGCAAGAGAACUUGGAACUAGUGUGUAUCUCUAGCAGGUGUGAUAUUUUAAUACUGCUGAAUGGACAAGUGAAGAAACUCCAUUUUGUGCAUGCAGUUAGAUCUGUUGUUUCAAUUGACUGAAAAUUAACUAUACUUUUUUUUAAUUAAUUUCUCUAAGAACUGGUUCAUCCGUGCUCAUAAUUUCAUCUGUAUAGGCUUGUAGCUA